UGAAUAAAAUCCAUAAAACCUUCUCUGUUGGUUCUCCUAUGGUUUUUCUAUUUGUCUCAUUUAGUUGCCAAUUAAUAAUGUCUGCCUUAAAGCUGCUGUUUUUUCUUUCUGUUCUAAUUGAUUACUUCUGACCUGAAAAGCUAGAUAAUACUAGAUGUGUUAGAAAUAUGUAGGAGGGCCUGCCUGGUGUGGGGUCUUUCCGAGGAGGGGUGUGAUCAUGACGUUAGUAGCACCAGAGGAGAGAGAAAUCUUUGGUUUUAACCUUCUUCUGCAUAGGUAUAAAAUAGGGGCCUACUUGUUUGUUUUCGUAAUGCCUUUUUCCAGGUGCUUUUUAGAUUGGUUUUCUAGAUUUCUCCAACUUUGUUCAUUAAAAGUGUGUGUGGAGGUGACAUGCAAAUGUGUAAAUGCCCUGUGAUUGAUCACACAGGAUCUGUAGUAAGCAGUACUCAGGACCAUCCAAAACUGCAGUGGUAACCUUAUGCUGAAGACUGUGGUUCUUGUGCACAGUGUGUUUUGCAAUGGUUUUGAAUAAUAAUAAUGUCAGCUCCUUGAUUCAAUUUAGUGAUUUAAGAUCCUAGGGAUUUAAAGACUGAUUUCUGCUGUACUUACUGUCUUUAUUAGAUUAUUAAUUACCGUAACAAUCAUACACUCAUUUACUGAGUCCCUCAUUUUGUCAGGCAGUCAUUAGUCAGAUGAAUAUUGUGUAACAAGCAGGGCUGUGGUCCUGAUGGAUGGAUUAGAUUGGGAUGGCAAGUGGCUGCUGCCCUUGGAACAAAUGAGAGCAAUCCAAAUGGUUGGGGUGAGAUUAAAUCUCUUCAUUAGUCCCUCUUUACAAAUAAACAAGCGUGUAUAGAACCUACAGCAGGUGUUUUUGUUUUUGUUUUUAAUUAGAAAUUGUUGGAAUCACAUCUAUGAAAACCAUAUAAUAGCUUUUAUUUUAGUCCGAAGCAGAGAGAACCUGUUUGCAUUUUAACUAGGCAACAUCAGAUAUUUAUCACUUUAAAUAGCCUUAUUGAUUCUGUGUUAGAAGUUGUAGAUUACAUUCUUUAAAAUUAUAACAAGAUUUAAAUGUAGUCAUAACAGUUAAGUUGGAUUUUGAGAUCCUGAACAGGGCCCCGUCUGAUAUAUUUUUAGUGAAUUAUAGCCUUUAAACACUGAUUACCAGAUUUGUCUCAUUUGAAUGUUAUUUUUACAUCCAGAAUUUGUCUUCUGCUUCAGUGCAGCAAAGCAUACUGGUAUAAUCUUAUCCUAAUCAACAGUGUUUUGUGACUGGGAGGGACUCUUGUCAAAGAUCAUUAUAGGAGCUAGAAAACAUUGGAAGGUAGACUGAACACAUGACUUUAGCUCUCUUUUUUGGUAGUAGAAUAUAACUUGCAUUCAAAGAGACUGGGGAAAAAAAAGAAAAACAUAACAUCCCUCCUCCUUAAGCCGUAAUAGUGUUGGUUUUGCUGCUAUUAAGGUCUUUUAGCUUAUAGACUGGAGGAUUUUAUUUGAAAUGCUUGAAAUUAAAUGCUGCAAUGGAAAAGAUUUUUUCAGAAAUACAGUGUAGGUAACUGUCCCUAUUCUUUGUUAAUUGGCUCUGCUUGCUUAGCUGAGGAAGUAAAAAAUGUAUGUCUCCUGGGGAGAGUCUGUGAGUGUAAACUCCCUGUUUUCAAAUCUAUUUCAUAUGUUGUUUAUCUUACUUAAAUAUACAGUAGACAGGAGAAUGCAAGUGCUGUUCCUUUAAUAUCAGAACUCUGCACGCUACAAUAGGUGUCACUGUUUUGCUUGGUCCAAUCAUGAUUGGUGACUUCAACUAUUGGCUCGGAGCUCUGGCUGUCUCACUCCAUCUGCAGGGCUGUAAUACCUACUCUCCUCCGAUCCAUUCACCACACAACUUCAGCCGCUGAACAGACUUGCUGGGCUCCAGCACAUCUUCCUAACCUAAUUCAGAAAACAAGUGCUACAGCUCUGUGCCUGUCAUCCUCGCUCAGUGUAGCAUUUUCAGGUUACUAGGAAAUGCUUAUUUUCACGAACAAAUAAGAGAAACAGGAAUCAUGAUGGGGAUGUAUUUAACAGACCCAGUACUGGAUAAAACUUAAAGCCAGUUUCUAUUGAACAUAGUGAAAAAAGGUCACCUUGCCUGGCUGUGGAAAGAAGCAAAAUAGCAGCUUGUUGGUUUCUGUUAACAUCUCAGCACCGGCUAACCUCUUUUGCUUGAUGUUCAAACCAGUUUGGGAUAUCUAGCUCUAAAGAGAGACAUACUGUACUCAUGGUAGAUGACAAGGAAAAGAACAUGAAAUGUCUCACCUUCUUCUUGAUGCUUCCAGAGACUGUAAAGAAUAGGUCCAAGAAAAGCUCGAAGAAAACAAAUACUAGCAGCAGUAGUAGCAGCAGCAGCAGCAGCAGCAAGUUGCCUCCAGUUUGUUAUGAAAUAAUUACCUUGAAGACUAAGAAGAAGAAGAAGAUGGCUGCUGAUAUAUUUCCCCGCAAAAAACCAGCCAACUCCAGCAGCACCACUGUCCAGCAGUACCACCAGCAGAAUCUCAGUAACAACAACCUUAUCCCAGCCCCCAAUUGGCAAGGUCUCUAUCCCACCAUCAGAGAAAGAAAUGCGGUGAUGUUCAAUAAUGAUUUGAUGGCAGAUGUACAUUUUGUGGUUGGGCCACCAGGUGGGACUCAGCGGUUGCCAGGACACAAAUAUGUCUUAGCUGUUGGGAGCUCUGUCUUCCAUGCGAUGUUUUAUGGAGAACUUGCUGAGGACAAAGAUGAAAUCCGUAUACCAGAUGUUGAACCUGCUGCUUUUCUCGCUAUGCUAAAAUAUAUCUAUUGUGAUGAAAUUGACUUGGCUGCAGACACAGUGCUGGCCACACUGUAUGCUGCCAAAAAGUACAUUGUCCCUCACCUUGCCCGAGCCUGUGUGAAUUUCCUGGAGACCAGCCUGAGUGCCAAGAACGCCUGUGUGCUGCUCUCCCAGAGCUGCCUAUUCGAAGAGCCAGACCUGACCCAGCGCUGCUGGGAGGUGAUCGAUGCCCAGGCUGAGUUAGCUCUCAAGUCUGAGGGGUUCUGUGAUAUCGACUUCCAGACGCUAGAAAGCAUCCUCCGCAGGGAAACUCUGAAUGCCAAAGAAAUUGUCGUUUUUGAGGCAGCUCUCAACUGGGCUGAAGUAGAAUGCCAGCGACAAGAUCUAGCCUUGAGCAUUGAAAAUAAACGCAAAGUCCUAGGAAAGGCACUUUACUUAAUCCGCAUACCCACAAUGGCCCUUGAUGACUUUGCAAAUGGUGCUGCCCAGUCCGGAGUAUUAACUCUCAAUGAGACCAAUGACAUCUUCCUCUGGUACACUGCGGCCAAAAAGCCUGAGUUGCAGUUUGUGAGUAAAGCCCGCAAGGGUCUCGUCCCCCAGCGCUGUCACCGUUUCCAAUCUUGUGCCUAUCGGAGCAACCAGUGGCGCUAUCGGGGCCGCUGUGACAGCAUCCAAUUUGCAGUUGACAAGAGAGUAUUCAUUGCAGGCUUUGGGCUGUAUGGCUCCAGCUGUGGCUCUGCAGAGUACAGUGCCAAGAUCGAACUCAAGCGUCAGGGCGUUGUCUUGGGGCAGAACUUGAGCAAGUAUUUCUCAGAUGGGUCCAGCAAUACCUUCCCUGUGUGGUUUGAGUACCCAGUGCAGAUCGAGCCAGACACCUUUUACACAGCCAGUGUGAUCCUGGAUGGCAAUGAACUCAGCUACUUCGGACAAGAAGGCAUGACGGAAGUUCAGUGUGGCAAAGUGACUGUCCAGUUUCAGUGCUCCUCAGAUAGCACAAAUGGCACUGGUGUACAGGGAGGGCAGAUCCCUGAACUUAUAUUCUAUGCUUGAAACUUUGCCUCCCCAAAGCAGUGCAAGCCACAGGUGCAUAUCUGGUCCCUCCUUGCUUAAUGCGUAGCUCAUCUGCAGAUAAGCAAUCAGUGCAGGUAAUUUGUAAUGAAUGACGUGGUAGGCAGUUUCUAAUUUCUUUUAACCUUUUAAUUAUGUACAGGCUAAAACGCAGCAUUCUGCUUUUAACUGUAUACUUAAGAGUCAAGUUCUUACUAAAGCUUUGUGGUUUUUAGAGUUGCUCUGUACACCAAAAGGAGAGAUUGUACUCUUCCAUGUGCCCCGCCGAUCUCCCAGUUGUGUCCCUCUGAAGAAAGUUUGGGAUCGCCUCAAAUUUCCUUCUGGAUUUUAUUGGAUGAAUGGAAAUAGUCUAAAAUAGUAACAUAAAGAAUUAUUUUUAAACAGAAGCCCUUGCCCCUUAAAAAAAAGAUAAAUCUCUGUGUACAAUUUUGGAAGAAGUUGUGGUUUAUAGGAGGUAAUGACUUAGAAAGUAGCCAGUAGUCAUAUUUAGCUCUUACUUUAUUCCUUUUAAAUUUGUUGUUUCUGGGCUUUACUUUUUAAAUUUUAAAUUCAUAAGAUUAUUACAUAUUAAAUCAGUGUUAGUGUAAAAUAGGAAAGUAAGGAAUUGGGUGUUUAGGCCAUGGCUUUAACUACAAAGCAGAUUUAUAUUUUUGUUUACAAGACAAGAUAUCACUGUACAGCGUACUUCUUUUAGAAGUAACACAAUUACAAAAUUUUAUUGUCAAUAGAAAAAAAUUUUAGGCUUGCUCAUUUACAUUAAAGUAGUUUAAAAAGAAAACCUAAGAAAGUUCUGUACCACAAAUAGUGUAAUUAAAUGACACAUUAGAGUACACAGUUUGAAAAAGCCAAACCCCUUUCUUGCCAUGUAGCUUUGGAUCCUAGCUAUUUGCUUUUUUUUCUGUCACAUUGUAUAGAAUUCCUUUUCUCUUUCUGCCCAUUAAAAGAGGACCAAACAAUUCUUUAGAGGAAGGGAGUAAUAGUUUUGUAGGACUACAUGUUAAUGUGAUAAAGUUUUAUUCAUUGUUUUUAAUCUGAAAUAUACUUUAUUUGCUCUUUGACCAUAUCAUCUAUCUUAUUUGUUGAUUAUAGUUCUGUCUUGUUGAACUGCUAGAAUCUGGCCUCUGGCCAUUUUACAGUGCCAAUAUAUGUCUGCAGGGUUUUUGAGCAACACACUUGAUUAUGCCUAAUAUUCACUGCAUCAGCAUUACGCUAGCUCUUUCAUUUGCCCAUGGAUAAUGUAAGCAAAGGAGGGAAGUGCUCAUUAAGAAAUUCUCCUUCAGUGAUGGCUUGUGUUGGUUUAGUGCCUGUGACCCUGCAGUGUCCAAUGUGUCACUGCCAUGUGAAGUGUCCAUGUGUUUCUGGGCAGCUUCUCUGCUCAGUGUGAUCCUGAGAUGGCUUUCUCCACCACCUAGAGUGUGGUCCCUGGCCACCUCCUUCUCCUGCUCCACAAGUCCAAAACUGGCUUGUCUGGAGCCAGGGGUUAGUCCUGGGGUGUGUGUGUGCCUGCGCGCCUGUGCGCAUGGGAUUGCCGACUCAGGAAUUGCCUCCUCCCUGCCUGGCUAGUGAGAGGCUGGACAGGAAUGGUCCCCCUGCUGGCCCCAGCAAGGCCCAAGGAGUGACUGCCCUUCCUUACUGUGCUUCUGGGCUGCUUCCUCCCCUGGAGGCAUGGGCUUGUUGCCUUUGGCCAGCUGCCCUGAUGGAGGAGAACACUGGAUUAUGGGAAAUGUUUCAUUCAUGUUUGCCAUUACCUCUAUCUGUGAAUAGUUAUUUCUUAUUAGGGAGAUUACAGGUAGUUUUGGCAAAGCAUUGAUGAAAUAGAGGCACAUUUUCAAUUAAAAAUGCUUCUACAAAGAUUUUGUUUUUAAGUUAUGGUUAAACAUUUCAGUAACUCAGCACUACCAUGCAAAUUGGUGGGCCUGAUGGCACCUGGUGGCACUGUUUUAGGCCAGAGGAGAAGAAACUUGAGUGCUGAUUUCAUGCUAUCACAUCGUUGAGGUCAGUGUGAAAGCCUCAGAGUGGUGUCAUUCGUUCACUGCUCACUUUAGAGCUCCUGUUACUGAGCUGCCCUCCUUGAGGCUGGUGGCUUGCUGUGUGAAACCACAGGAGAUCCAUACACUGCGUGUUCCACUUAAUUUUACACCAGUUACUCCUGUGCCCACCAUCAGAUUGCCCUGUGCCAAAAGCUGUGGGUAAAAUUUGAAAAUUGUAUUAGAGUAAGAAAUUUUAUAUUUUGAACCCUAUUCUCCUUUCUGCAUUUUCAGCAAAAUGGAGUGAAAGCUAAUGUGCUUGCUUUGGGUUUAUUUUUGUUUUUUCGGUCAUUUUGAAUUUUGUAGCUUUUAAAAGUAGAAACCAUUAUUCUGACAAGGCAAACAACUCUAGUAUAUAAAUACAACUUUAUUAAACAAUAUGCUAUAGAUGCUUUUCCCAGUGUAUCUGGCAGUCUUUGUUGUUCAUAUGGGGGAAAAAGGGUAACUAGGCUAGCAGUUCUAAUGUAACAUUCUUUAAGCAUAUCUUAAAAUAGUAUUUAAGUAAAUGUCUAAUUUCUCCAUGAUUAUUGCACUGGACUGUCUUCUUGUCUUUUUUUUUAAGGUGUUUAAAUAGCUAAUUCAAGACACUGUAGCCACUUGUGCAUCAGUGCUUGACUUUAGCAGCUUACAACAUUAUUUAUGAAGGAAAAUAUAUAAAUAUGAAGUACCUCAUGUUGAAUGUUAUUGUACUGUAUUUUUAAUGUAACAGUGCAGAUCUUGUUAGACACAUGAAUGUGUAUAAUCAUGUUAAAUGCAAAUAAAAUAAAAUUGGUUCAUA